ACAACAUUUCGAAACUCAAAUUUUCAUUCCCCGCCUCUACUCCUCGUCUCUUCGUCGUCGCCGACGCAGUAGGAUUAGGGUUUCUCGCUUCCGAUGGAGCUCCCGUCACUCCGAUUGACUGUGGAGAAGGGCCCAAAGAAGGGUGAGACGUUCGAAUGCAAGGCCGCCGCCGUCGCCCGUGUCGGCCGCAUCAUCAAGGGAAACAACCUCGCCGUCCGCGACCCCGGCGUCUCCCAGAAGCACCUCACCUUCCAGUUCCAACACGAAGCUUCCUCUUGGUCCGUCUCCGAUCUCGGCACCUCCAACGGCACCUUCGUCAACGGUUUCCAGAUCCCGCCCUCCUCUCCGUUUCCCGUCUCGGACGGCGAUACCAUCAAGAUCGGCGAGUUCACCGCCAUCUCUGUUAAGGUCCUCGCUUCGGAAGGGCCGCAAGUGGGUGAUUUCUGUGUAGAAGAAGAGGAGAGGAGUGAGGUAGGCCGGAAGAGAAGGAGAGGGGCCCGGAAGGUCGCGCCUUCCCUCCCGGUCGUAGAGGAGUUGGUAGCUGAUGUGACGAAUGGGAAUAAGGAUCGAAAGGGUAGAGGAAGGCCGAAGAAGGGUACUUCUGCUUCUGCAAGCGUGAACAAAGAUGAGGAUUUGCAACCCCUGGUUGUGGAGAAAAUCGUUGAAGUGGAGGUCCCUCUUGAAAAGCCUAGGACAAGGGGUAGAAGGCCUGCUACAAGAUAUGCUGCUAAGGCUUCUAAGGAUGAAAAUGAAGUGGUCAAGUCUCAUGAUUCAGAUAAGCAUCCUGAUUCCAAAGAUGUUGAAGCUGUAGAAGCAGUUGAAGCAGAGAAGGUGGUGGUGGUGGAAGGUGAUAUUACUGAGAAAACAGCAAGUGCUGGAGAAAGAGAAGAAUUAGCAAAAGAGGAAGAAGAAGAAGUGGAUUUGGACAAAAUGACAUUAGGACAAUGGUUUGCUCGAAUGGAGAAGGUCUUGCCUCUGAUGAUUAAUGAUAUGGCAGAGGAGGCUAUUGCGAAUUUGAGGGAGACAGCACGACGCUUUGAUGAAUUCAUAGAAAUGAGUUCCACUUCUCAAUAAGUACAGAUAUGUUAAAUUUCAGUUGUUUUGCUUUAAAAUAUCUAAAAAUUAGUGAGCCUUUCCUCUAGUUUCUAAAUUCGCCGUUAUAUUAUCGCUAGAAAUCUAGGAAAUUAGUGAUUAUGAUGGCGUGGAAGUCUAGUCCAAGAGAAACCUUUUGUAGAACUAUUUUGCAUUUUCAAAUCUUUUGAAUUACAUGGGAGCCACUCUCCUUUCAUCUAAUAUUGCUUAUCAAUAUAUACACUUGAAUAGAUUUUUAUGCAAAAUGUAUAGAUGUGAAAAAUGAAGUAGAGUUUUGUUUUUGCAAGUAUGUGAAUAUAUCUGUGAAAAUGUUAGGGUGAGUUUGAUAGCUCAGAAAUGUUCAAGAUUGCCUAUUGUUCAUUUAUUAUAUUUGAUAACCUGCAGUAGAGUUGCCUACUGCCUUAUAGAGUUGUUAAGUGAUUGGAAAAGUAGAGAUGAUUCUAUGUGCAUUAUUUUACCAUCACGCUAUAUGGCUUACUAAUCACUGCAUUAGAGAUGAAUACUUCAGUCGCAUGUUCAGCACGCUCUAUAUUUUGCUUGAUCAAUAUGAUUUUCUUUGUGGUUGAUUCUUUUGAACUGGUUGGAUGGAAUUGUCUGCUUUACUAUUGUGUUUGACAUGCUGACAUGGAUGAUCAACUUAGUCUGAUGGUUCUGAUUGGUUUCAGAUUCAACAAUCUAACUGACCCAAGCAAACUGCUCAUUUUAUUUAAAUUUAGAGAAAAAAAGGAUCUCGAAGAUCUUUUUCCCUUGUAUUUCUCUAAAAUUGUUUCAACUUCUAUAUAUAUAUAUAUAGUAUCAUUUCCAUUGUCUCUGUAUGACAUCUGAUUAAUUCUGAGAAAUAUAAUCAUGUUGCAGUCUUGCCCACCUGGUGCUGGUAAUGAACUAUUUAUUAUUAAUUGAUCAUUUGUUUGUUUUUUUAGACGAUUUUCCUUUUGUAAAUUCAUCAUUGUAUUACUUUGUUUAUUAUAUAACAUUUUGAUAACUGUUAUACCUUUGGCUUACUUGUAAUAUGCAAAUUAUUAUUAAUUUAUUUUUCCAGCACUGACAUUAGGCACUUCCUCUUCAUCUACCGUUAUUAUAUUAGGGCAUGUUUGGUUCACUUGAAUUCCUAUUUUAUUCCCCAUUAGUUCUGAAGGUAUGAGUAAGAAACAUGGGUCGUGCUGAUCGAAUUUGAGGUGAUCAAAGGGAUAGGUAUGACCAAUUCCAUGGUAGAUCACCAUGCACUUUUUGAAUUCUAGUUCUGCUGUUUUGAUAAAAUUUUGAUCUGAAUUUCAGUUUCGGUGUACGAGUCACUCCCUUGAUGUUUAGAUUUGUGAAUUCAAUUUUAGAUUUGGCGAACAGAUUUGAUGAAUUCCAUGUUCAGAUUUAGAGCAUGUUUUGUUCAUUUCCAGUGUACUACUAUUGCCACUGCAAUUGGUUAGAGAAGUUAACUCGACUCUGGUGAUAACACACAUGCUUUUGUUUGAGUUCCACUGAUAGAGUUACAGCAUGCCAUGUGAGAGAUUGUUGUUAACAUAUUUUUUGUUGGUCGGAAGGAUGGCCAAAGGCCUUUAUUUACAGCUUCUAUACAUUAGCAUCUGUAAAUGCUUGUAACUAGUUGAGACUUUUGGCAAACACACACCCAUCACCUUGCAGGCUGAAUAGCAUAACGUUUUCACACAUUUGUAGGCUAAAGAUUUCUGCAAUGUUAGAGUUUCUUUGAUACUCUAAAUGAUACAAUUUGAUAGUCUAAAUAUAGGGAACAUGUUAAUUUUAGGAGCACUUGGUUAAGAAAAUUUAUAAAGUAGAAAUUCAUUUUAUAUAGGUUUGCUUACAAGUGACAUUAAUCAUCAUUUUUGUACCAGUAGUCGAUAUUGUAGCUUUUGUUAUGUAUAACAAGUUGAAUGUUGAAUUGUUUACAUACAAAGACUAAUUUAUUGCAAUUUGUCUUUCAAUGAGUUUUAAACUGCAUCUUAUACCUACUUGAUAGUUGAGAUUGAUCUAAAGCAACACUUGUUUGGAUCUAUUUAGAGUUUGUUUAUUUUGUGGAAAAUAAUUUACAUGUCUAUUGCUCAUUCAGGUUGUUGUGAAGAAGUGGUUUUGGCUUCAAAGUCACAAUACCAGUUCUUGAAGUUUUUUUUUCUCGUGUUCUGAAAUGUGCAGUAAAACUAGAAACCUUGACUGACAAAACAAUAUUUUUUAUUUCAUCUCUUAAGAAGCUGCUAUGUACAGAUAUAUGAAUUCCAAUAAUCUUUAACAACAAUAUAAGCAAUGAUGUUUCUGCCCAUUUGUAUACCAACAGUCUCAGAGCAAGAGAAAUGAAAUUUAGCAAUGAAACUGGAUUGACAUAACCGAUACUGCAUACCGAGUGGAUCAAAAGCCCCAAAGAAUCGUAGAAGAUCAUUAAACUAUGGCCUGAAACACUCAACUGAUGAUAAUCAAUCCAGGUGAUGUUAAUGAUUAGAUCAAGGUAUCACUCCAUCUCCCUACAUCCAAAAUGAUUUAAAGCUCCAUGGUAUCUGUUUCUAAAAUUAGUGUUCUAGCUUCGGUCACAGGAUUUAGAGGCCAGAGGAAGAGUUGAAACUCCACUGAAAUGCCCAAGAAUCGAAAGAACAAGGACUGACGUUUGCAUCCUAUUGAGAUAAACCAUCACGCCAAUACUGGUAAUUGGGAAGCAACCAAAUCCUUGUCUAAAAGUCACCGACUCCAAAAAAUUGUGAAUAAGGAUACACUAAAGAUCAUUGCAAUAGGGGCUUUCUCAAAGCAAUAUCAGCCUG